AUGAGCCUUCUGGGCUUUCGUGCUUACGUGAUUACUGCUGUGGAAGAAAUCCCGUACAAAUCAGGGACAGCAAAAUUGAUCCGAGUCCGAAACCCUUGGGGUGAUACUGAAUGGAAUGGCGCAUGGGGAGAUGGGAGUGAAGAAUGGGGCCAUGUGACAAACGACGUUAAAGAUCAGCUGGAACUACUUUCACGCGACGAUGGCGAAUUCUGGAUGAACUACAACGACUUUCGGCGGGAGUAUUGCAAUAUGAUUGUGUGUAAUUUGUCGCCGGAUUUUGAUCAUGAUGGGAUAAAUGACAGAGCAGUUAUGGUCCAGAGACGUUUUAAUGGACGUCUUCCAUUGAUUAUUUCCCUUUUGCAAGUAUACAGAAGACAUGAAAAAUUAGACAGUAUUGGAUUAUAUGCAAUCGGUUUCGAAAUAUUUCAGUUGUAUUCAAAACCUUCCGGGGCCCUUGGAAAAUCGUUCUUCGACAAUAAUGACCCACUCAUGCCAGAAAACGAGGAAACAUAUGCAAGAUACAGAGAGACAUCCGGGCGCUUUUUCCUUGAUCCGGGACAUUAUAUUCUUGUGCCAACAACGCAGAUGCCAAAAUUUGAAAGAGAGUACUUAAUGAGACUCUUCUCUGUCUGCAAAAUGGAAUGCGUUCCUAUUGCAAAUUGUUUACCAUGGACACACUGAUGUUUUACAUCACUAGUUUGCGUGUCUUCGAAGUUUCUUCUUAUGCGUCACUGAGUUCACAUUCCAUAGAUUGACGAUUAUGCAACAUUUUCCAUGUGUGUCAAAAUGUUUUACCAAUGUGCAAUCUUAAUCUGCUGUCAUUUAUUUCUAAUUUCAUGUAUACUUACAUUCCUUUGUCUAUGUUUAAGUCUAAAAUUUAUAGGAAUCAAAGUUCACUCAUUUCAUUCAUUAUCUUUACACAUUACCCAUAUCACUAUAAACAAUGUAGAUUAUAAUUCUACCAAAUGUUAUCAUUAAAUCAUUACAAAAUUCCAUUGUAUAGAAUCCCGCGUCAUUCUUCGUAACUAUUUAAAGCUAUGCACUGAAUGAGACUAAUCAAUAAUAAAACACUUAUCUAGUGAUUUUACAUCGACUUUGUCCCUGUGCUGGCCUAUUGCUAUCCAUGAAAGUUAAUGCCUUUCGUAGUCGAUUGCCAUAUUUAUUUCUCCUUACCUUAUAAUUUGCAACUUAAUGUUCUCUAAAAAUAACAACAAGUUUCAACGUUUUAAUUAUAUAAUAUAUAAUAAAUAAAUGGAUUUCUGACUUAUUUAUAAUAUUAAAAAUAUUUUAACCCAAGCUUUUCUUUGUAAGAAACCUAAAUAAUGUCCUUUAUAGAAACCCUUUGUGUAAGAGUAAUGGCCAUAAAAAUUCAAUGAUCUAUAUUUCACUCAAAUUUAAUUUAUGUGACUAAAGAGUAUGUCAAGACUCUUGUCCAUAAUUGUAAAAACAAGGUCAAGAGGAUAAAAUGUAUCUUCAGUCACCGAGUUUUAAAAUGAUGAAUUCGGGCAAUGUUCAUGUAGUCACCAUAAACAUUUGUUUAUUAUUAAAUUUGGAAAAACUGAUAACCUGUAAAAUAUAUACAGUGAUGGGUACUGUUUUUAAAAAGUGUAAUUGGUAACCGUUGAAUAUACCUUAAUACUAUAUGCAUGCUCCAAACACAAAAGCAAUCAAAACUUAGCUCGUUUAAAAUUCUUUUAUGGAAAACGGCCUUGUUUUCACACUGACUAUAACAUUGUUUACAUUUAAUUUGUAAGUUAACACAAACGCCGUAAAUAUACAUUUAUGAGAAAUAUUAGAUAUUUUUCUUCUGAUUGAAAUCAUUUUGCUAAUGUUACUAAUGACAACAUAUAAAUUAACAUACAUUCUGACUGCUUGUAUUUGAAUAAUGUGUGUUAUGUGUCUACU